AUGGACACGACGACUGCAGCCGAUCUCCGUUCCUCCCACUGUCCUCUGUGCCUCCGCUGGCAUCACACCUACCUACAAGCUCGAGUUAUUUUGAAACUGCUAAAACAGUUCCUCUCCUCCCCCUCGGCCCCUCCCCCUCGGCCUCUCCCCCACGGCCUCUCCCCCACUGCCUCCCCCGUCCUCAGUGCUGGGUUUGUCCUGUACACUCUGUUUCCUGUGAGGCCUCUGGAGAUCUGA